GAACAUGCGCAAUACAAUGUUGAAUAAUGGUGGUUGACUAACAACAUGGGAGAUCUUAUUUAACCUUUGACUGUUCGCGAUUUGGCCCCUUAAUCUUUAAAAUAAUCAUGAAAUAAUAUGAAAUUGUUUUAAUCAAAAUCUUCAACAAGUAUUUCGGCAUGGAAGGAAGUGGUAUAAGUAUUGAUAAAAUCGGCAAUUCGUGUGGAGACUGUCUAGAUUCGACAUCUGCUCCUCUUCUGAAAACAGAAAUAGUCAAAGCAGGGUCAGGGACUGGGUGCCUUUCACCUAAUAUUGUUAAAGAUACAAGUAUUAUUGAUGUUAGCAAUCAAAUUAAAAAUAAUGGAAAAAGAGUGAAUGGGCUGGUAAUACCAGUUCUAAAAUCUCAAGAUGAGUAUGAACACACAGAGAGUGCGGAUUCCGGUCAUGGGAGUAGCUGUCAAGACUGUGAAUGUGGCUCCGGUGAAACUGAAGUGACUAUUUUAUCAGAGGGUUUAGGGGCAGUUAGUUUAGAUAAUCAGUUAUCAGAAUCAGAGACAGAAAUUCUUAGAUCUCCAUUAGACGUUAUAGACGGUAUCAAUUAUGUUGUGUACGAAUCAGAACAUCAAAUGCCAGAAAUUAUGAGACUCAUAACCAAAGAUUUAUCAGAACCUUAUUCUAUUUAUACAUAUAGAUAUUUCAUUCAUAACUGGCCAAGAUUAUGUUUUUUGGCUAAAGAUGUAGAUAAGUGUGUGGGAGCCAUUGUGUGCAAAUUAGAUAUGCAUAAAAAGAUGGUACGAAGAGGGUAUAUAGCUAUGCUUGCUAUUGAUUCAGAUUUCAGAAGAAGAAAAAUUGGGUCUAAUUUAGUAACGAAGGCAAUCCGAGCUAUGAUGGCUGAUGACUGUGAUGAGGUUGUCCUGGAGACAGAGAUUACGAAUAAGGCAGCAUUGAAACUUUAUGAAAACCUGGGUUUUGUGCGAGAUAAGCGACUCUUUCGAUAUUAUUUAAAUGGAGUUGAUGCUUUGCGACUAAAGCUAUGGCUUCGAUGAAUUUUAAAAAUGAACUUCCAAUAUAUAUUUUGAUCAAAUAGAAUUUUAAAAUGGAAGGAUUUGUAAAUUAUUUGUGAAUUUUAUGUGCAUCUUACAAUAAAAUUGACCAUAAUUGGUGUGAUAAUUGUUUGUAUAGAUGUGUGUGACAAAAAGUAGUUCCACCAUGACCUAUCCUAUAUGUUGAACUUAAACGGGGGUUUGUUAAUUAAAACUAAAUACAUGUUUGUUUUUUUAA